GAGCCGGGCGGGGCUGACUUCAGUAGGAAGAGGAAACCUAGCGCAGUCUUGCUCCAGCAGGUGAAUUGGCAACUUGCUCAGGAUCUCUCGCCCCCACCGUGUGUCAAACAUGUCCUAUGUGUUCACCUCGGCGAGCGGGGGCUCCCAAAAGAAGACGGCGGUGCAGGUCCGGGGGACGAUGGGAGUCAAGGCCAGGAAACUCACCUUCCAGGAGCUGAAGCAACACUGUCUGAAGGAGCAAAUCCUGUACGAGGACCCGGAGUUCCCCGCCGUUGAGUCGUCGCUCUUCUACAGCGAGAAGCCUCCAGUUGCCUUUGAGUGGAAACGGCCGAAGGAGAUUUCCAAAGACCCGAAGUUCUUUGUUGGUGGAGCAUCAAGGACUGAUAUUUGUCAGGGAGAUCUGGGAGACUGUUGGUUGCUCGCUGCUGUGGCCUCACUAACUCUGAAUGAAAAGCUGCUCCACCGAGUUAUCCCUCCCAAUCAGACCUUCGGCCGGGAUUACGCUGGAAUCUUUCACUUUCAGUUCUGGCAAUCUAACAAGUGGGUGGAUAUUGUGAUUGAUGAUCGUCUGCCAACCUUCAGAAACCGCCUUGUGUUUCUACACUCUGCUAGUAGCGAUGAAUUCUGGAGCGCCUUACUGGAGAAAGCCUACGCCAAGAUGUACGGAAGCUUUGAGUCGCUGAAAGGAGGGAGCACCUUGGAGGCCAUGGAAGACUUCACUGGUGGAAUGGGAGAGAUAUUUGAUUUGAAGAAUGCACCCCCAAAUCAGUUUUCCGUCAUUAAAAAGGCGCUGAACAAGGGGUGCAUGUUGGGAUGCUCCAUUGACAUCACCAAUCCAGCUGAAACAGAAGCUCGGACUUCGACAGGACUCGUCAAAGGACAUGCAUAUUCCAUUACUGGUUUGGACCAGGUGAACUACAGAGGUCGACCGUUGCAAAUGAUCCGUAUAAGGAACCCUUGGGGUCAAGUGGAAUGGAAUGGUCCCUGGAGCGAUGACUCUCCUGAAUGGAAGGCAGUGGAUGCAACGGAUUUUCGAAGGCUAAACAUGACCUCCAAAGAUGAUGGCGAAUUUUGGAUGUCAUUUGAUGACUUUAAGAGACAUUACAGCAAAGUGGAAAUUUGUAAUCUUACACCGGACUCCCUGGAUGAUGAUUCCCGUCACAAGUGGGAGGUGAACUGUUUUGAAGGGAUGUGGACCACAGGCUGCACAGCAGGUGGAUGCAGGAACUUCCUAGACACUUUCUGGACCAACCCCCAGUACAAGAUAAAGCUGCUGGAAGAGGAUGAGGAGCAGGAGGAUGGCAAAAAUGAAUGCACCUUGGUGGUGGCUCUCAUGCAAAAGAAUCGGCGCAAAUUGCGGAAGGAAGGAGCGGUGCUGCAGACCAUUGGAUUCACUAUUUAUCAGGCUGAAAGUGGAGCUGACCAUCUGCCGAAAGAGUUCUUCCGGUUUCAUGCUUCGUGUGCAAAGAGUAAGACAUACGUUAAUUUAAGAGAAAUCUGUGAAAGAUUUAAACUUCCACCAGGAGAAUACAUCGUUGUUCCCACUACAUUUAAACCCAACGAUGAGGCUGAAUUUCUUAUUCGAAUCUUCUCGGAGAAGAAAGCUCAAUCAAUUGAAUUGGGAGAUAGAAUUGGUGCUGAUCUACCAGAGCCGCCCAAGCCGACGCAAAAACUGCAGGAGAAUGAAGAAGAAAAGCAUUUCCGCGCUGUGUUUGAGCACAUCUCGGGGAAGGAUCUAGAAAUCGAUGCUUAUGAACUGCAAGGUGUUUUAGACAACGUGUUUGGAAAACAAAAAGAAGUGGGAAUCGAGAGUUUUGACAUUGAGACAUGUCGCAGUAUUGUGUCCCUCUACAAUAAAGAGACUGGUAAAGGACUUGGGUUUGACGAAUUUAAGAUCCUCUGGCAGCGAUUAAGCGUAUGGAAGAAUGCUUUCCUGAGAUGUGAUCAUGACAAAUCAGGGACCAUAUCAGCUCACGAGCUUCGAUCAGCUGUCAAGGAUGUUGGGUUUAUCCUCAACAAUCAGUUGCUACAACUGUUGGUCGUCCGAUAUGCAGAUGCAAACCAACAAAUCGAUUUUGAUAACUACCUGCGUUGCAUGGUUCGAUUGGAGACUGCGUUCAGAUCAUUCAAGUCUUUUGAUACCCGGCAGACUGGUGAAGUGACUUUGAACUUGAUGCAGUGGCUCUACCUGACUAUGAACAUAUGAAAAUUGAACAGAAGACUGAAUGAAAUAUUGUUGUGUGUCAGUGUAUACUACUAACAACUGAUCUUAGUUUCCACGUUAGGCUGGGUGCCAUAUGUAACUGAAUGAGGCUUUAUUCUUUGCAUUUGAUUUUUUUAAUGAAUAAUACUUUUAUAUACGAGCAUUUUUGGUGGAACUAUUUUGGCAAAUAUACUUGCUACCAAAGGUACAAUUCUAGGAAAGUUAUCUGCUCCGGGGCUGUGUCAUAUUCCUCCAUUUUGUAAGUAAACGUCAUUUCCUGCUACCUUCCAGCAUUGGAUCCUAUUGCUCUUUUAAUUAAUUCUCCCAUUGAAGCUCAUCUACCUGGAUUACUUAGCAUUCUCUUUCUCUGGUGGCUUUAGGCCGCUUAACAAUACCCGUCUCCAGUAUAUUAUCUUUACUCUCAAACUCCGAGUGCGUAGACUGUCCCAUUAUACAACUCCUUUCAUGACCUUAACUCCCCCCCCAUUAAAUCCAUUUGAAAGAACUUGACGCAUACACUUCCAGGGUUAAUAAUUGUAUCAGAACCAUCCUAAAUUCAUGAAUUGUUUAAAUAGGUGGAAGACAGUAGACAGGGUUGUGGACAUUUGUCACCCAAUUUGUGAUUAAAAUUAAUUGCCUGUGUGGAGGUCAACCUUGUGGGCCAAUUGGGCUGUUUAUGUUGUUUCUUUCUGUUCCCCAAUCAGAAAGUUCCUUAUUCAUAAACAACAAAAAUGUACCCCUGUUAAAUAAUUGAUACUAGCACAGGCCCCUCCUUUAAGGGAGUUGGGGCUGUUUCUAGGAUUUCCAAUGGCACAAUGGUGUAUUAUUGUCACAUAUGCAAUGUGCACAUCCAUAGUGAAAUUCUUUUUUUGCAGUUAGCAAUUCCACAGAAAUAGUCUACUGCCGCCAUAUGCAAGAGGCACCAUGUUUUGGCACCGUGUUCCAAGCCCAGUCCCUGCUCCAGUUGGUGUGAGUGGUGCCCAAUACAGGCAGGCCCCAGGCUGCAAUGGGCCUCCAGCCAUUGCCUUCAUUAAUCGACCAGCAACCAACGUCCUCUCCUCGCCCAUCUACCUUUGUUCCCCGGGGGGGGGGGGGGGGCUCCUAGAUCCCGAAUCCUUCUCUUCUCCUACCGUCCUUGCUCCUCUCCCCUUGCAUCAAUUGUCGUUUGCCAGCUCCCUCCAUCUGGUCUCUGGUAUUUGGGGGAUGAGCAGCAGCAGCAGCAGCAGCAGCUCGGUGGGCUCCCCCUUUCAGGCCGCGGUCUACCAAGUCCUCCUAGUAUUGGCUGGCUUUACGUCUACACACUGCAGGCCAUGGGACACCGGGUCCUGUGUUCAGCCGUGGCCUGCACCGGGCCUUGUGUUCUGCUGUGGUCUGCCGGCUCAGAGGCUUCCCCUGUAGGCACCUGGUGAUCCUUUUCUCAAUUGGCCAUAAACAAGCCAAGCAUUCCCACCUUUCGUUUUAUCUAGAACCAUUUUAAGACCCUUCUUUUAGUCUGAAGGGUCUCGACCCAAGACGUCACCUACCCAGGGAUGCUCUUUUUUUGUAAACCAUCACCUGCAGUUCCUCGUCUCCUCCUUUUAUCACUAAUUGUUUAUUCAAUGACAAACCUACUCAUCUUCAAGGUGCAAUGGAAAGAAUAGAUUCACUCCAUGAUAAAGAAUAGUUGAGGUAAACCAUGUAAGUGCAUUUGAGAAGCUAGAUAAAGACAAGGGAAGAAAAAAUGGAAGGAUUAUGGUUGGGGUAGAGAGACUUUCUGAAGUAUAAAUAACAAAAUUAGGCAAAAUAGACUCUUCGUGCAGUAAUGUCCAUAAGUGAAAUGUAGUUUAAGAUAUUUUUAAUUUAUUUUGUGAAAAUCUGAGUUUGGCGUAAUAGUCUUGUUUUUCUCAGAUGAGAGCUGAUCAGUUUGUAACCAGAUUGGAAUCAAUCAUGUUUGAGGCAUAAUCUAUAUGGUGCUAACACAGUAGUGUCAUAAAACAUAUUGACCUUAGUGUGGUUUCUGUUCAAUUGAGCUAAAUUCUCCAUGUCCUCCAACAUUUCCUCAGUGUACUACCAGGUUAUACUCAAAGGUUAAAAAUAACGAGGUGCUGAACAAUUAUAUAUUUCGAAAACUAAUUGGUCCAUCCUGUAGUUCCUUUAUGUGAACAAAGGUGGAAAUACAGGGUGUCAAUAUGCUAUUAAAGGCAAAAACAUCCUGCGGGACACAGCCAUAAACAUCCAGGUCAACAAGAAUGAAAGCACUCGGCAUCAGACAUAAUGGGAAGACCUGAAGACCCAAACAUUUGCAUUCACCUGAAUGCUCGUGCUGUCCUGAUCUCCUCCUCUUUCUCGAGUAGUCCAUCGGGGAUGACUUUCUUCAUGUGCAUCUCAGUUGAAUUUGAAGUGGCUAAUGAGAUAAUCACAGUUGAGACACGAGAUACCUCAUGGGACAGAUGGUUAGGUAGUUUGAAGCUUUGUAUUUGCAUCAUGCAAGCUGGGUUUCUCCUGAUAUACAAAUUUGAAGUUCUCACUGCCAGCCCAACUGGUGCUUCUCCACUGUGAGUAGUCAUGGGCAUUGGUCCUGUCCUUCCCUAGCUGGUUGUAAUGCUUCCCUGUCCAUCUAUGUGCACAGUCCUUUGCUAGUGCCAGCCCUGUUACAUUGCUGUGACCAGUAAUAGCUGCCUCAAGAGUAAAUCAGCUUCAAUGAUAACCAAGUAUAACAGAGGUUGACACAAUACCAGUUUGUCUGAAGCUUCUGAUUUCCUAAUACACAGUAUUUACUUAUUUUUUAACUGUUAUUAAAUUGGUGCCUGUGAUAUUAACUAAAUUUAACCAAAGAAAUUAAAAUAAGAUUCAUUACUAUGUCUGUAAUUUGCUUGGAUAUGUGAAACAGCUUUGAUGUCAAGUUUCAAUCUUUGUUUGGAUUCUGAUCUAUGUUUUGUAUUGAUAAGGGGGAGAUGAUGAGAAUAAAGUGCCUGUUUGGUGUUUGACUCUU